CUCUCUUCCCAACUCCAUCUCUGUUCAAAUCACCGCUCCUCUUCUUCCUCCUCCUCCUCCUCCUCCUGUAGCAAUGGCGAGUGGGUCGGUUCCGAUGACGCCGCCUCUCCACGAUGAGCUCGACAUCGUGAUCCCGACGAUCCGGAACUUGGACUUUUUGGAGAUGUGGAGGCCCUUUUUCCAGCACUACCACCUGAUCAUAGUGCAGGAUGGGGAUCCCACGAAGACCAUCAAGGUCCCCGAAGGCUUCGACUACGAGCUCUACAACCGCAACGACAUCAACCGGAUCCUCGGCCCCAAAGCCUCCUGCAUCUCCUUCAAGGACUCGGCCUGCCGAUGCUUCGGCUACAUGGUCUCCAAGAAGAAGUACAUCUACACCAUCGACGACGAUUGCUUCGUGGCAAAGAACCCAUCAGGCAAAGAUAUCAAUGCACUUGAGCAGCACAUAAAGAACCUUCUGUGCCCUUCGACGCCCUUCUUCUUCAACACUCUGUACGAUCCCUAUUGCGAAGGUGCGGACUUUGUUCGUGGGUAUCCUUUUAGCCUUCGAGAAGGUGUACCGACUGCUGUUUCUCACGGCCUUUGGCUCAACAUUCCUGACUAUGAUGCUCCGACCCAGCUUGUCAAGCCUCGUGAGAGAAACACAAGGUAUGUGGACGCUGUUCUUACUGUGCCUAAGGGAACCUUAUUCCCUAUGUGCGGUAUGAACCUUGCUUUCGACCGUGAGCUGAUUGGACCUGCAAUGUACUUUGGGCUUAUGGGAGACGGCCAGCCCAUUGGACGUUACGAUGACAUGUGGGCCGGAUGGUGUGUGAAGGUUAUCUGUGAUCACUUGGGAUUGGGAGUUAAGACUGGCUUGCCAUAUAUCUGGCACAGCAAGGCGAGCAACCCCUUUGUGAACUUGAAAAAGGAGUACAAGGGCAUAUUCUGGCAAGAAGAGAUAAUCCCUUUCUUCCAGUCCGUAGCCCUUUCGAAGGAGUGCACCACUGUUCAGAAAUGCUACAUUGCGCUCUCCGAGCAGGUUAGAGAGAAGCUUGGGAAAGUGGACCCCUACUUCACUAAGCUCGCGGAUGCUAUGGUCACCUGGAUCGACGCGUGGGAUGAGCUCAACUCGUCUGGAGCUGCAGCUGCAUUGCCCAACGGCACGGCCAAUGGCAAAUAGAUUAGUCUAUUCAACUUCGAUUUACUUUGCUUGAAUUGAAUAUCUUAGUCAAAAUUUUCUUUUUCUUUUUCUUUUUUUUUUUCCUGAAGAACACAUAUUUUAUUUUAUUGUUCCCUAUUGUCGCGGGGUGUCUUUUUGCAGGUGGGUUAUUGUAGUCAUUUAUCAUACAUUGAGGUGAAAAAUAAAUGCUCUUACUUUGUGUUCUGAAUA